AUGGCGGUGCCUCUGAGCCGGGCGAGCUGGGAGCAAGCCAAUGACACCUCGAUCAACAGCUCGGCCGUCUCCCUAAACAUCAAGUCCAGCCAAGUGGUGACCUCUGCCAGUAUGUUCACCAUCGGGGUGGUGGGCAACCUGAUUGCCAUCGUGGUGCUGUGCGUCUCCAAGAAAGAGCAGAAGGAGACCACUUUCUACACGCUGGUGUGCGGGCUGGCAGUGACGGAUCUGCUGGGUACCUGCUGUACCAGCCCGGUGGUGAUAGCCACCUACCUAACCCAGCAAUGGCCCGGCGGGCAGCCCCUCUGCCACUUCUUCUCCUUCUCCAUGCUGUUCUUCGGCUCGGCUGGCAUGUCCAUCCUGUGCACCAUGUCCAUCGAGCGCUACCUGGCCAUCAACCACGCCUUCUUCUACAGCCAGUACAUUGACAAGGCUCUGGCCAGGCUGGCCCUGAUGGGAGUCUACUUGCUCAACCUGGUCUUCUGCAUCCUGCCCUUCUUCGGCCUGGGCAACAACGUCCGCCACUUCCCCGGGACCUGGUGCUUCCUGGACUGGAGAUCCAACAGCACGGUGUCCGCCUCCUACACCUACAUCUACGGAGGCUUCAGCGCCUUCCUGAUCCUGGUGACCGUCCUGUGUAACCUGUCCGUCUGUGCUACCCUCAUCCGCAUGAGGAAGAAAGCCGUGGGGAGGGGAGACGCUGCUGCUCCCGGCAGCUUCAGGGGUCGCCGUUUCCCCCACCUGGCCGCCGCCUCCGCCGCCGAGAUGCAGAUGUUCUGGCUCUUGGUUCUCAUGACCAUCGUCUUCCUGAUAUGCUCCAUCCCUCUGGUGAUACGCAUUUUUGUGAAUCAGCUGUAUGGCCCUGCACAGCUCCAGGCAGGUGAGAAGCUACAUUAUCGCGGCGAUCUUCUAGCCAUUCGUUUUGCCUCAUUCAAUCCAAUCUUGGAUCCCUGGGUGUAUAUCCUCUGCCGGAAAAAGCUCCUUACCAUGGGGUGUGAGAGACUGAAGCGAACGGUGGGUGCUGCAAAGGAUGGCCAAUCACGCAGGGUGGGUUGGGCCAGCGGUCAGCAGACACCACUCUCAUGCCCUAACAGUAUUGCUACCAGCUAUGCCUCACUACAAAUAAAAGAUGAAAGCAAAAUGUUGCAUGGGAAAGCCUGCCACAGAGCUGCUAACUUGACUCAUUCAUUCACAGACUUCACAAACCAGCAACUGUGGGAGGCCGUAGCUCACCCUUUCAGUAUCCCUGAUGAGAGUCACACUGGCAUCACUAAGACUCGUUCUGAAACCCCUCCACAGUCUAAUGCCAUUGUUUGCACAAUACUAAAGGAAACUACAAUAUCAGAUGUCAGUGCUCAAAACAACACUACUCUGAGCCAGGAGAGGAGAAUGUUUGACAUUUUGAAUUGCACUUUAAGUACACCUUCGUCAUGCAUAUCAGAGAGAAGUAUUUAA